AUGGAAGAGGAGUUAGUGAAAGUGGAUAUGGUUAUUAGUAAACCACCCACACAAGAAACAUCAGAUGCAAACAAAGCCACAACUCAAACUGAAACUACGGUAAUAUUGGCCACACAUGGACCAGAUUUACCAAUUAGUAGAGAGAGCUCGAUAAGAAGAAGCGUUCUUCGGUUUGGAGAAAACUUAAUAGACCCAGUGAGACAAAAACAGACUGGACCUUCACCAAGAAGACUUGUAGAAAUGGUAGAAAAUAAAGGUAGAUUUAAGAAGCCAACAUUAUGUAAUGUAGAACAUAAAAAACGAAAAAUAACUCAAUGUGGAAGGUGUCAACAAUAUGGUCAUAACAAACAAACGUGUCCAAUGAUUAAGAAAUAA